GAAGGCACCUCCCUGUCUGUAACCUGGCCCUUAUUUCCCAUUCCCGGAGACUACUAUAAAGGGGACUGAGACACAGGCAAGUCUUGUUUGUGUUCACCUGGUGCAAGAUCAACUCACAAGCCAGCUAAACUCAACUAACAAAGAGAGAAGCCCUAGGAGUCCGCAUACAGAAACGCGAGAAUGACUUCCACAGCAAGUCGAUUUGCUCAUCAGCAAAAGAGAGAGGAAGGCAUUGGCACCAAUGAAAACGCAGUGAAGUUUCGAGAGCAGGAUUAUGAGACUCUAAAGCAGCAGUGCCUGAAGAAAGGACGCCUGUUUGAGGAUGACUGCUUUCCAGCAGAAGGCAAAUCACUGGGCUACAAUGAGCUGGGACCAUACUCAUCAAAGACCAGGGACAUUGUUUGGAAGAGGCCAAAGGAGCUGUGUCCCAACCCAAAUUUCAUUGAGGAUGGGGCCACAAGGACGGACAUUUGCCAAGGAGCUCUAGGUGACUGCUGGCUUCUGGCUGCCAUAGCUUCUCUCACUCUUGACCAAAGUAUCCUGGCUCGAGUGGUGCCCCCCAAUCAGAGUUUCACUGAAGAUUAUGCUGGAAUAUUUCACUUCCAGUUCUGGCAGUAUGGUAAGUGGGUGGAUGUGGUCAUUGAUGACCGUUUACCCACCAGAAAUGGAAAGCUGCUGUUCGUCCACUCAGAGCAGGGUACAGAGUUUUGGAGCGCCUUGCUGGAGAAGGCCUAUGCAAAGGCGAAUGGCUCCUAUGAGGCUCUGUCAGGAGGAAACACGAUAGAGGGUUUUGAAGAUUUCACAGGAGGAAUCGCAGAAAUUUACACCUUAGACAAGGCUCCAGCACAUCUCUUCCAAAUCAUUCAGAAGGCUUUGGGCCUGGGAUCAUUGCUGGGUUGCUCUAUUGAUAUCACCAGUGCCUCUGAGACAGAGGCAGUCACAUCUCUAAAGCUUGUUAAAGGCCAUGCAUACUCUCUUACUGGUGCAGAAGAGGCUAAUUACAGAGGCAGGAAGGUUCAACUGGUUCGUAUCAGAAACCCAUGGGGCCAGGUUGAGUGGACAGGGCCUUGGAGUGAUGGAUCCAGUGAAUGGAACUACAUUGGUAAAGAUGAGAAAUCAAAGUUGAAUAAUGUGGCUGAAGAUGGAGAAUUCUGGAUGUCCUAUUCAGAUUUCAUCCGGCAUUUCUCCAAACUGGAGAUCUGUAAUUUGACCCCAGAUACACUCACAAGCGACGAUGUAGGCAGUUGGAACAAUUGCCAAUUUGAAGGGAUGUGGAGGGUCGGCUCCACAGCUGGUGGCUGCCGCAAUCAUGCAGCUACAUUUCCAUCCAACCCUCAGUUUGUGGUGCGUCUGGAGGAGGUGGAUGAUCAUCCUCUAGAUGGAAAGGAUGGAUGCACCUUUCUGGUGGGGCUGAUGCAAAAAGAUGGAAGACAGCAGAGAAAGCUUAACUCCAACCUCGAGACCAUCGGCUUUGCCAUUUAUAAGGUCCCAGAUGAGUACAAAGGCAGCAGCAACGUUCACCUUGGCCCUGAUGUCUUGUUGCGUCAAAGAGCCGUGGCCAUGAGCAGCACUUUCAUCAACACACGCGAAGUGUGUGACCGUUUCAGACUCCCUCCUGGAGAAUAUGCCAUAAUUCCUUCAACCUUCCAGCCUCACAAGAAUGGCAGUUUCAUUCUCAGGGUGUUCUCAGAGAAAAAAGCCGAUAUCAGUCCACUAGAGGAGGACAUUGAUGCUAAAAUAGAGGAGAAGGAGCUAUCUGAAAGUGAUGUGGAUCCUCAUUUCAAGAAAAUCUUCAAGCAGAUCGCUGGUGAUGACAUGGAGAUUUCGGCCUUUGAACUGGUCACAAUUUUGAACAACAUUGUUUCUCACCGGUCCGACAUCAAGACAGACGGAUUCAGCCUUAGCACAGGUCGCCUUAUAGUCAGUCUGCUGGAUAGAGAUGAAAGUGCCAAGUUGGGACUGAUGGAGUUCCACUUGCUCUGGACCAAAAUCCAGAGAUACCUGGAGAUCUUCAAGAGUCAUGACACAGACAACUCUGGCACCAUGAGCUCCCAUGAGAUGAGAGAUGCUGCCACUGAAGCAGGUUUCCAAGUCAACAGUGCUGUGCUGCAGGCCAUGGUCUAUCGUUAUGCUGAUGCUCAGUAUGCCAUAGACUUUAACAACUUUGUGAGCUGUCUGAUUAAACUGGAGAUGCUCUUCAAAAUUUUCAAGACUCUGGAAAGAGAUAACUCAGGGAAGAUUGAGCUGGACAUGCAACAGUGGAUGUGCCUUGCGAUAAACUAGCUCUGAAGAUGACACAUUAAAGGACCAAAACGAAGCAGUGAAAGGUUAAUCAUUUCACAUAAAUUGCAUUAAACACCAGUAUAAAAAAAAGAGAAUUUACUUUCACUUUCUUAAUUCUUUUAUGACCAUGUCUUUUUAGACUCUCAUGCAUUAUUUUAUUUCAAAUAACUUCCUUUAAAAAUGUUUGUGCACUGGGAUAAACCUGUUUGCCUUGGUUUUCUUUGCUUGUUUGCAACUUCUGUCAAAUGCAAAAAAAAAAUGUGACAAAAUAAAUAAAUAAUAAUGAAAAAACAA